CUUAACUUCUUGAGCUGGGAGCGACGCGCCGGGGCGCGCUCCCGUUUCGGCUAUGUUCCUUAAGCUUUCACCCAUACGAUUCAGCCAAUCACCAUAGAUCGCGUUGCUGCUUAACAACAUGGGCAAGCUCCUUCCUCGCUUCCUGGUGCUUCCGGACGCCUCGGCUGAGUCGAGUUAUGACGGCCUUGCGCUAAAGGAUCCACAAAGCAAUUCAUGCAGGAGCACCAAGCCCGCAGCGCCAGCGGUCACAUUCUUAGGCGACCGCCCCAGCCUUGCAGGCAGCGUUUCCUCCUCGGUCGCGGGCAGCGGCGCCGGCACGGACUGCAGCCGUACCAGCAGCAACGCCAGCAGCUCCAGCCGGGCAUCCAGCCAGACGGCCCCGGCGGGGCACUGCUGCGUGGCAGUCCCAACAGCAGCGGGCGGCGACCAGCACUACCAGCAGGGCAGCGGCGACAGCGCGGAUGUGGCGGCGGGUCGAAGGCCGCUGCCGCCGCUGCCGUCGCUGCCGCUGCCACUGCUGCACCCGCCGUCCCUUGCAGCGGACGCCGCCGACACGGCCGCCGCGAGUUAUGCGGCGCCGCUGACCAGCCGCGCCCACUCCGUGAGUGGCAUGGAGUUGGCGCGCCUGGCUCUCAGCAGCUGCUCUGCCGCGGAGCGUGAGCUGCAUCACACGCACUGGAGCAGCAGCGAAAACAGCCACCUAUCCGCCUCGCCUGCGGCGCUGGUUGCCGCGAAACUGGGGCUGCCAGACGCGGCUGGCCGCCAGCAUGCGGCACUCAGCCAUCCGCUAGCAGCAGGCGCGAGGGGCAUGCCAUUUCCCGGUAGCAGCGGCAGCAGCAGUCGCGCCCGCCCGGCGCAAUCAGAAGGCGGGCCCUCAAUCCGCAGCAGCCCCCUGCCCGUUGCCGGCGCCGUCAUCCCAGCAACGGCUGAAGCACAGCCAGCGUCGGAAGCUCCGGCUGCUGCAGGGGGCGGCGGCGGCGGCAAGCCUGGCGCAUGGGGCCGGCUGACGAGCAUGGCGCGUGGGCCGGCGGCGGCGGCGGCGGCGGCUGGCGGCCUCAAUGCCCGGCACAAGGAGGAGGCGGAGGCGCUGCCGGCGGGCGCGUCGGCGGCGGCGAUGCGGGUGCUGGCGGAGCUGCAGGAACGGGACGAGUUCAGCCUGGUGGCGGCGGCGAGGCAGCGGUCGCGGCGGAGCCUGGUGAUACCGGAGCAGCGGCUGCGGAGCAUGCCCUCCUGGAGCCUGCUGCAGGGCCUACCGGCAGGCGGUGCCGCCGGCGGCGGCAGCAGUGGCGACGGCACUGGGGUCGGCGGGGAGGCGAGCGCAAGCACCACGCGACGCGAUGGCGAGCCACAACGGGCCACCCAGCAGCCCAGCAUGCCUUGCACGGGUGCCGUCGCCGCCACCCAGCUGCCACCCUCCAGCUCCGCCCCGGCUGACUUCCCGGAGCUCAUGAGCCGUGUGCGCAGCUGUCCGGACGUCGCGCGCCUGCUGGCAGACCUGCACCUAGGGGAGUUUGCGGAUGCCGACGACGGUGACGCCGGCGGCACUACUUCUCCAGCAGCAAGCUCCAGUCGAAACGGUGCCGCCGCCGCCGCCGCCUCAAGUGCUGGGGCGCAGCAGCAGCUGUCGCCGAUUGGGGGCAGGAUCGCCAGGGCUCGGGCGGAAGCCACGGCGCGCUCUACCUCAGGCUCGCAGCUUCCCCCCGCCUUGCCCAGCCCCGUCGCCGGCAACAGCCGCCUCAGCCGCAGCAGCAGCACUGGGCUCACGUACGACAGCUUGCCAACGCCGGGGCGUUCAGGUGGCGGCAGCAGCAACAACGUGGCUGUAGGCGGCGGCAGCCGCCAAAGCAGCCACGCGGCGGCUGGGUCCCGAUCUCGGGCGCACGUGCAGUCAGACAUGGGCUUGGCAGGCUUCCCGGCUGUGGAUGAAUGCGGGGAGGAUGAAGUGGAGGAGUCGGCCGCCGCGGUACGGGCCCUGGCCGCACGGUACGGCAGCACGGCGGUAGUGCCGGAUGACAGCGGCGGCGGCGGCGGGGCCCUGCUGCUGCUGGGGCUGGACCUGCAGGAGCUGGCGUUCCGGGACAAGGGCGCGAAGCUGCGGGAGGCUCUCCAGGCCGCCAACCCCGCGGCCUACAGCGAGGAGGCGGCAGAGGCGGCGGAGGCGGCCUAUCGGGCGCUGGCGGAGCGGGCCAAGCUGAGGCUGAAGCGGUUGCAGGAGGAGCCCACUACGGAGGAGGCGGUGGAGAGACAGCUCAAGCUGGCAGUCACGGACCUCGGGAGUCAGCGCCCGUUCUUCAUGCCGCCAGUGCUGGGGAAGGCCCGAGUGGAACGGCCGUUCACCGAGAAGCGACAGCAGCAGGUGGUGCAGCAGCAUGUGUGGACGCUUGACGACUCCAUAUUUGCGCAGCGCAAGAAGGAGAACGAGGCCCGGGACCUGUUCGACACAGAAAAGGUGCACAAGCAGCAGCUGUCACUGGACUGGCAGCGCGUUGUAAGCAAGACGCGCUUUCGCAAGAUGGUGGCGCGUGGCGAUCUCGGGGUCAAGAACGACGGCCAACGUCUAGAUGAGGAGCUCAACGAGGUGCGGCAGGAGCUGGAGAAGCAGGCUGGCUUCAUCCGCUCAGCCUUCAACUACUACUCCAUGAUUGGGGGCGGCAUCUCCUCAUCUGACAUCCUGCAAAUGGGCGCCAACGUGUGGCUCAACUUCUGCAACGACGCCGGCAUUGUGCACCCCUCACAGCGCGGCUGCACGGUGCAGGACCUGCAGACCAUCUUUAUCUCCGUGAACUUUGAGGAGGAGAGCGAGACGGCGGAGGCGGAGGCCAACGACGACGACGCAAUGAUGCGGUUCGAGUUCAUGGAAGGCAUCGUGCGCGCGGCGUUUGGCAAAUACAUCGCCAGCAAGCAACUCACCGACAUGAGCGACGCAGUGGCCCGGCUGCUGGAGGAGAGCGCGUCCUGCCCCGACCUGCCGCCCGAGGCAAAGGUGGACCCCAAUGACUUCAGGCGCAACCGCUUCUACACGGAACAGGUGGAGGUGGUGAUAAAGGAAUACUACGACCUCCUCUUCGCCACCUUCAAACUGUACAAGGCCCGUGACAGGUGCAAGCUGUUCUGGCCGGAGCACUGGGCGGCGUUCCUGGACGGCAACAAGUUGCUGGGCCUGGCGACGGGUGUGGAGCGGCGCGAGGCAAAGCUCAUCUUCGGCUGGAGCCAGGCGCUGGUGACGGAUGAGCUGCGGCGGCGGCAGCGCGCCGUGUCGCUGACCUUCUGGGACUUUGUCGAGGCUGUGGCCCGGCUUGCCGACCUGAUUUCGGCGCCGGACCACGAAGACAUUAUCGGAUACUUCAUGUCGGAGGGCGAGGAGCCGCCCGAGCUUGACCGCCUGGUGUACGAGUACUACCGGCACGUGGGCGACGCCGGCACGGACCGCAAGCGCGAUUCGGCCGAGCUGGUGGCGCCGCCCAGCCGGCCGCUGGAGGUGAAGCUGCGGCUGCUGCUGGAGUACCUGGUGGUCAGCCUGCGCGAGGCGUGGGGCGGCAAGGACGCCAAGGACGUGGCGGCCAAGGUGCUCAAGAUGGCCACCUACCUGUCGGGAGGAAUCGAGAUGGGGUAGUGAGGUGGGCUGAUGCCUGCAAACGUAUGCCGACUGUAUUUGUGACCAGAGGAGGUUGUGACCUCUCUUGUUUGUGGCUUACUUGGCAUGUGCGUGAGCAAGGUGCCGGUACUGCUGGAUGCCAUCUCCCUGCACGGCCUAUGGCAAAUGAAGCUGUGCCAUGGUGCCAGGGAUUUGGGAAUUCAGGAAGCUUGCAGGUGUUACGUGUUCUGUGUGGGGGAUGGAUGGAUGGCGAGAUGCAUCGCACGACGCAUGGUUCUGGCCGCUGGGCGCUUGCGCCAGUAUGUCACUAGAUGGGGAGGACCAUGCGGACCGGGGAACAGCGAGCUUGACAAUCCUUGGACCUCAUAUGUGCAUGGCAGUUCAAUACACAGCAUCACUUGACAUUUGAUGGGUUCAACUACUCGUGGGGUCAAGUGCUAUCCGUCAUGGUGACGUGCACUUCAUGUCAUGUACUUAACUAGCAUAUUUCAUGGGCUUUGGGGUAAUCCUAACCCGCCCAUUUCUACCUGACGGCGAGCGUGGACGGAUGCAGGGGGGCCGUUUGGCGUCGGGGAACCUCCCUGCCCACCCCGCCCAACACCCCCGCACGCGAAGGGCCGUACGGCAGUUGGGGUCCCAAUGUCCCAUCCGCCAGGAAACCUGACACGACAGACGCGAGUUGAUCGGCAGCGGCGCGACACUGUAGCAGUCAUUGCCGGUAAAAGUCUAACUUGCUCGCUAAGGGACUUCCGUGGGUAGGUAGGCGCCCUUUAGGAGGUGUGCCGCCCACAGACGCCGUGUUGUGAACGUUCGGAUACAGCUUCACGCACGCGUUCAUAGUUCCUUGUGACAGGCACAGGAAAGAUGGGUGCAUGUGAGUAUAGUGUCAUGCGCGCAGGGUCCCUACCCGGAGGUGGAACCAUGGAACUAGGUGCUCCUGGUGGGAGGACGUGGGAGGGGUGCAAGGGCCAGCAAGACUGAGCCACGGCUUUGCAGCCGUCUGCGCUUGGGCGGAAGGCCGAUUGUGACAAUGUUAAAUUGUCAAUCUGAGCCCGCGUAAGUGACCGAAGACUCCAACGGUUCAGGGGGACGGACGGUAGGGAUAGGCAUGGACCUAAACCGGGGUGGGGCAACUGGAUGGCUGGGUCGGGUCACGCGGGUACCACUCUGGUCUUUUGCUGUGUCCAAACUUUGACAGCCUGGUAGACCCAACAGGUAUCAUCUGACCAGGCCGUGUAGUAUACGGUUAUCUGACUCGUUGUGUAGUAUACGGUUACUAUGGUGCGGAGCUGAGCAGAUGAAACCUGAAAGGCCGUACGGCUGCAGCCGUGCAUGGGGUGUGCAGUGGGACACGCAAAUAUUUUCGUCGUGAAAACUAAAAGCGUGAUAGCGUGAUGGAUAGCGUACGCACAGUGUAUGCAGGAUACGCAAUCGACACUGUAAAAAGAAUAGGCA